AAUUUUCAGAUUAAAAAUAAUUAAAAGACAAUGAAAUAUGGACUCAUUAGUCAUUACCGCAGCUGCACAGAAAAUAAAAAAAUUUAAACGACGAAGAUAGGUUUCAUCGUUUCAACUUUCAAUGACCAACCUUCUUCUUCGUGUACCUGCUCCUACUCAUCCAAUCUAACAACCUGCUAUCGUCAAGAUCCAGCGGUGCAGUUUCUUCCGGCUUAAUUUUAAGUGAGUUUCCCGAUUUACCCCUGGUUGGACGUUGUUGAAGCCAAUUUUCAUCUGUUUAAUUUUAUGAUUAUUAGCUGAUAAAGACGAAUGAAUUAGAAAUUUAGAAUUAAGGAAGUUUUGCAUUGCAAGCUGAUCCGAUCAAAUUGUGUAUUUCAGUAGGGUUUUGAGAUAGAUAGAUAGAUAGAUGAGAAAGUAAUUUGAGAAAUCCCUAGAGUAGACUCCCGAGUGUUUUUUCUUGCGAAUUAUUAUUGUUAGAAUAGGAACGGAGAUAUGCUGCAGAAGAGUGCGUCGAGGAAUAGCAGCAGCAGUGCUACUGCUGCUGGUGUUAGUAAUAGUAAAUCUGUGCUUCAUCAUCAGCAGUCUCUGAGGAGGUUGGGAUUUUGUUCCCAAAUAUCGACUGCUGGGGGACAACUCUCGUCCCCGAUUGUUUACCCUGAGAAACGCAGUAAGAAGGUGAAGGCGUCUGCUAAACCUGAUGAGGAAAAAUCUGCGGUUAUUGUGCAAGACCAUAGGAUUGAUAUAAUCGGAGGAGACGAGAAAUCUGAUUUGUUGGGGUGCGUUGUGUUCUCUGGUAAGCUUAUUUUAGAUAAGAGAAAGACCAGUUUCCAGGAUAAUGCUACCGCGAAAGAUGGACAACAGCAAAGCUCUGUUGAUGUGUUCAACCAAGAAGCUGUUGAUGCUAAACUUACUAGUAAGGCUCUUGUUUGGGGUUCUCACAUGUUGCAUCUUGAUGAUGUUAUCUCGGUAUCAUACAAUGUUGGUCUCAGACACUUCACCGUUCAUUCUUAUCCGAUGAAAAAGGGUUCUUGUGGUCUAUCUUGUUUUAUAAAACCUAAGAGAAGUCGCAGGGACUAUCGCUUCUUGGCUUCUAGUGUCGAAGAGGCAAUUCAAUGGGUUGGUGGCUUAGCAGAUCAGCACUGUUAUGUGAAUUGUUUGCCUCAUCCUUUGGUUUCAUCAAAGAAGCAAGCAUCUUCCGAGCUACUUCCUACAGAUACUCCUCCCGAGUUGCUCUUUAAGUGUAAGAGUCCACCCAAAAUGCUUGUCAUCUUAAAUCCACGCUCAGGACGCGGUCGAUCAACUAAAGUUUUCCACAGUAUCGUCGAGCCAAUAUUGAAGCUUGCAGGGUUUAAAUUGGAGGUUGUGAAAACUUCAUCAGCUGGUCAUGCUAGAAAUCUUGCAUCUACCGUUGACAUCAGCACAUGCCCUGAUGGGAUUAUUUGUGUUGGCGGUGAUGGAAUAAUCAAUGAGGUUUUAAAUGGUCUACUGAGUAGAGAUAACCAGAAAGAAGGCAUAUCCAUACCAAUUGGAAUUAUACCAGCAGGUUCAGAUAAUUCGCUAGUUUGGACUGUUCUGGGAGUAAGAGACCCAGCUUCUGCUGCCAUAGCAAUUGUGAAGGGUGGCCUUACUGCCACAGAUGUCUUUGCUGUUGAGUGGAUUCAGACGGGUGUUGUUCACUUUGGGAUGACAGUUUCGUAUUAUGGUUUUGUUAGUGAUGUGUUGGAACUAUCUGAGAAAUACCAGAAACGCUUUGGUCCUUUGCGUUAUCUUGUUGCUGGAUUUCACAAAUUCAUAUGCUUACCAAAAUACACUUAUGAAGUGGAAUAUCUUCCGGCAUCAAAAGUUGAUGGAGAAGGAAAACAGUCUGAACGAGAGGUAGUUGACAUGUCAGACUUGUACACAGAUAUUAUGAGGAAAUCAAACACCGAAGGGAUGCCGAGAGCUUCUAGUUUAUCGAGUAUUGACUCGAUAAUGACCCCUAGUCGAAUGUCUGGGGGUGAGCUGGAUACAACCUGCAGUAGCACUCAUGCUAGCACUGAACCAUCCGAGUAUGUGCGAGGCUUAGAUCCAAAAACAAAACGUUUGUCAUCUGGAAGGAGUAAUAUAAUAGCAGAGCCAGAAGUUAUUCAUCCACAGCUACCACUGUCAACAACUCCAAACUGGCCAAGAACGAGGUCAAAGUCUAGAACAGAUAAAGGAUGGAGUGGAUUGACAUCCUCACAUGAUCCCUCUAGUAGAUGUUCUUGGGGAAAUGCAGCAACAAGUGAUAGAGAGGAUAUAUCUUCAACAUUGUCCGAUCCAGGUCCGAUAUGGGAUGCUGAACCCAAAUGGGAUUCUGAACCUAAUUGGGACCUGGAAAACCCAAUUGAAUUGCCAGGGCCGUCAGAUGAUGUUGAAGCAGGAACCAGAAAGGAGGUUGUGCCUAGGUUUGAGGAUAAAUGGGAAUUGAAGAAGGGACAUUAUGUUGGCAUACUGGUUUGCAACCAUGCUUGUAGAUCGGUUCAGGGUUCUCAAGUGGCAGCACCAAGAGCUGAGCAUGAUGACAAUACCAUGGAUUUGGUCUUAGUUCAUGGUAGUGGGCGACUAAGGCUGUCGAGAUUUUUCUUGCUAAUGCUGACCGGUCGACAUGUUUCAUUACCAUAUGUUGAGUACAUAAAGGUGAAGUCUGUGAAGAUAAAGGCCGUAAAACACACCCACAAUGGUUGCGGCAUUGAUGGUGAGUUUUUCCCGCUAAAUGGGCAAGUAUUCUCUUAUCUGCUGCCGGAACAGUGCAGACUCAUCGGUCGCCCUGCAAGCCAUCACAUUUAACAUACUUGAGCCAUCUUUUUGAAAUCGGAAAGGUUCCAGGGUUAGUUUUCCGAUAUUUUCAUGUUGUGAUUGGUAUAAAUGGAGAGAAUAUCCUUGAACCGUCUUUUUUUUCUUUUGCUUAACCCCCGAUUUUAGCCCCAUGAUCGUGCCAUUGCACAUGUGAGGUUUUUGUAAAUGUCUUCUGCGGUGAUGCAUUGGUAGUCUGUUGUUUAUUGUGCACUCAUUGUCGGCACGAGCAGAUCAUUGUAUUGAAAUUCUGCCUUAAACAGUUUUCUCCCUUUAAGGGCCCUGGUUGUUAGCUUGUAUACGGCCGACUAAAGAUGUUAAUAUUGUAAAGUAAAGAACUCUUGCUUUCUGUUCA